GAAACUUCAAAUCCUUCGCCUCCCUUCCCUAAUAUAUAUAUCACACUCCAUAAUUCAACCAAUCCAACGCAAGACACCAAGCAAAAUUCGACACAAUUCCGAUUCUGAUUCCGAUUCCGAUUCCGAUUCCGAUUCCGAUUCGUCAAAAAAUGGAUUUGAGGCUAGUAGGUAUGGACGCCCCAAUCUUCCACACUCUCCAGCACAUGAUGGACGUCGCUGCCGCAGCCGAAGCCGCCGACGCAGCUGCCACCGACAAGUACGUGAACGCACCGUCGCGCAACUACGUCCGCGAUGCCAAGGCCAUGGCGGCGACACCUGCGGACGUGAAGGAGUACCCGAACUCGUAUGUGUUCAUAAUCGACAUGCCUGGGCUGAAGUCAGGGGACAUUAAGGUACAGGUGGAGGACGACAAUGUGCUUGUUAUCAGCGGAGAGAGGAAGCGAGAGGAGGAGAAAGAGGGGGCUAAGUAUGUGAGGAUGGAGAGGAGGGUUGGGAAGUUGAUGAGGAAGUUUGUGUUGCCUGAGAAUGCUAAUACUGAUGACAUCUCUGCUGUUUGUCAGGACGGUGUGCUGACUGUGACUGUAGAGAAGUUGCCUCCUCCUCAGCCCAAGAAGCCCAAGACAAUCGAGGUCAAGAUCGCUUGAGAAUUCAUCACCUCUUAUCUUAUCUACUACUGAAUUUAAUGCCCCGAGUAUUUGUGUUUUUUUU